AUGUACAAAGUGUUCUUUUCGUUGCUGCUUCUAAUAUUAUGCAUGAUGACUAUUAGCUCACUACCGGUCGAGAUUAAACACACGGAGCAUGCAGAUGACGACUCGUGGUACGAUUCAGAAAUUGUGCCACCAGAAAAUCCAGAAUGUUACAAGUAAGUUCAUACAGUUGAACUUUAGUAUCACGAACUUUUGUAUCACGACAUUCUGAUACAACGAACAAAUUUGAAAGAGAUUUGUUAUACAGGAGCUGUACUGUAAAAAUGUUUGUGUCAAAAACGUUGACAUACAGUAUUCAUCUUUUUAGAAACGAGGACUGUUCAUUUUGUUGUUACAACCCGGAAACCAAAGUAAAACUGACGGUGAAACGAGCGAGCUGCGACGUUGGACUAUGCCAAUGUUUGUGUGAUAUUUUUUAA